UAAAACAGACACAUGUUGACCAUUUGAAUCGGACAGUCCAAAGAGAUGGCAAUUACAAAAUUAAGGGUGCUUUUGGUAACGAGUUCAUUUUUGUUGAAUUUUACAGUCGCCAAUAGAACAGCAACGGAGCAGCUAUAUACCGAUUUAUUGCAGAAUUACAACCCGUAUAUCCGACCUAACACGAACCAGAACCAGCAGACGAUUGUGGAGACGACCUUGCAUCUACUAUCUGUCAAUGGCCUGGAUGAACUCUCUGGUACCCUGUCGACCGUGGUCUAUAUAGACAUGUCGUGGAAAGACAAUCGAAUGGUAUGGAACAAAACAGACUAUAGUAACACUUGGCAGAUUUUAUUUCCACAAGACUUGGUAUGGAAGCCGGACUUAGUCGUCACUAAUCCGGUAAGAAAAGUUAGGAAGAUUGGAUUUGAGGAUAUCAUGAUACGCUAUAAAGAUGACGGUUCAGCCGAGUGGUAUACUGGUGAUUACUUAGAAACGUCAUGUGACAUUGACGUCACACACUUUCCGUUCGAUCGGCAGGUAUGUACGAUUGAGAUGAUUCCUUGGAACUACAGACAGCGCGAGCUGCAAGUACGCAUUUCGCGAAAUGAAGUGAAUCUUGACAACUAUACAGAAAACGGGGAAUGGAUACUCUACAACACAGCCGCCGAGAGAUAUGGAGAUGGUCCCUUCGAAUACAUCUACUUCAAGCUAUACAUGGAGCGCCGGUCCUCCUUCUUCAUCAUCAAUCUUUUCAUUCCUGUUGUGAUGUUGGGUUUUCUUAACUGCAUGGUGUUCUUGCUUUCGGCAGAUUCCGGGGAGAGAAUUGGUUACGCCAUCACAUGUCUGUUGUCGAUCACUGUCUAUCUCACCUUAGUUUCCGACACAAUUCCGAAAACAUCAAAACCACUGUCAGUUUUGUCGUUUGUUUUGAUGCUUUUACUUAUUCUGUCUACAAUAAUUUGUUUUUUGACCAUCAUCGGUCUCAGAUUCCAUUUUCGAAAAGUAGAAAAACCAUUGCCAGGGUGGCUUAGCAAAGUGACAAAAGCUUUAAGAUUUAAAAAAUGUAAAAAGGGGUGUCGGUCUCUGUUGAAAAAGUCGAACUGUCGAGGACGUAGAAUAGGAUCGGCAGAAAAUCGACAAACCGACCCAAAUACAGAAUUAAAUUCAAGACGGAUGUCACAACAGGUGGACCACAAAAAACCUAUGGUGUCGUUAGUUGGGAAUUCUGUAGAGGGAGGGCCAAAGUCUGGGGUCUACAGACGGUCUUUUCGAGUGGAUGAUGAAUCGGGAGUUAUAUAUGAGGAUUACGCAGAAGGGGAACUUCCGAAAUAUGAACUAGAAACGUGGAAAACCUUCGCCAAACUAUUUGACAAAAUUUGUCUCGCUGUGUGUCUCGGUACAAUAUUUGUGUUAGGAGCCAUUUACGUCAUGAUUUCUAGCGGACGACUUGCAGUGUAAAAAAUACACCGUUU